AUGGACAGGGAGAGGGGAAGAGAAGUAGGAGAAGGAAGCUCAAUGUCGUCGAGGGAACAACGAAACCUCAGAGAGCAAGAGCGACGAAUGCGCAUGAAACAUCUCUUCAAUAUACUCUCUUCUCAUGUUUCUCCCACUCAUAGGUUACCGGUGCCUCAACUUAUAGAACAAGCGACAUCAUACAUGAUCCAAUUGAAAGAGAAGGUAAAUUAUCUAAAGGAGAAGAAAAUGACUUUGUUAGGAGAAAUGGGGAAACACUCUGAGGGGUUGUCGUCGUCACUUCUGCCGAAACUCAGUAUUUAUUCGCGGGAUUCAACCAUACAAAUGAACCUGCUUAUCGAUCUGAACAUGAAAAGAGUGAUGCUACACCAGCUUUUAAGUGUUUUUGAAGAAGAAGGAGCUCAAGUUAUGAAUGCUAAUACUCAGAAAUUGAAUGAUAGGAUGAUCAUUUAUACAAUCAUAGCCCAGGCUAUCAUAUCUCGCCUCGGCAUUGAUCCAUCAAGGAUAGAAGAGAGAGUUAGGGAUAUCAUCUUCUGAUACAAAUUUUGAAGCAUUAUUAUAUCCAUUAAUCAUUAGUCAAUGCCAAUGCUAGUGUUUUAUGCAAUACUUUUAGGGUGAUUUUACAAAGGUACAAGUUUUCUAAACAUAAGAUGAGUAUAUUUAUUGUUGUUUUUGAGUGUGACAAAAUAAUUGUUUUUGAGUUCGAUUAUGUAAGCAUGAGAAAAAUGAGUAAGAAAAAGUUUCUUGGUUAAUGAUAUUUACUUAAAAUCAGUGCGUAUAUUCAUUUGAGUACUUUUUUGUGAUUUAUUUGAGUACUUUGUAUUUGUACAAAACUUUCAAACACACCAAAUGCUACACCCUGAUGUUUAAAUUUUCGGUAAAUUUUCGAAGCCUACAAUCUUUAAUGUUGUUUUAAAAUUUUCAAACACAUUCUACGUUUGUAUUAAUGUAUAUUAAACUCUCUUUCAGAGUACAUGGGCCCCGUUUUAAUUUUUUAUUAAUUAAUUUAGUAAAACUUCAUAAUACUCCCUAAAUUUGUGGAUUAACCACUAUAAAAUCGCUAUUCUCUGGAGAAACGGAAACAACAAAGGUUCCAAAUC